ACGGGAUCAGCACAAGCAUCUCUUCUAGAAACCAUGUGGCUCAUAAACGCCCACACCUACGAGCUGGUGGACGUCGGGAGUCGUCUGGAGCGGUACGCUAUCCUCUCGCACACCUGGGGCCCAGAGGAGGUUUCGUUCCAAGAAUACCAGGCUGGAAGCGCAAGGCACAAAUCCGGUUAUAGGAAGAUUGUUUCCACUUGCCACCGGGCCCAAGAAGAUGGCUAUGACUAUGUAUGGGUCGACACUUGCUGCAUCGAUAAAACCAGCAGCGCUGUUUUGAGCGAAUCCAUCAACUCCAUGUUCAAAUGGUAUCAAGAUGCGGCCAUGUGUUACGCCUUCCUCGAAGAUGUUGAAGGCCAUGACGACUUUCCGAAUGCUCGGUGGCAUACUCGUGGGUGGACGCUGCAAGAGCUUUUAGCGCCUCGGGAAGUUGAAUUCUACAACUCAAAGUGGCAACAUAUGGGUACGAGACGAGAUCUAGCUGGACCGAUCCAAAGUGUGACCGGGAUUGACAGGAGAGCUCUGCAAGGAAACGGCUCUAUUGUAUAUGUUCGAGCUGCCAGCAUAGCAACGAAGAUGGCAUGGGCGGCCGGUCGGGAAACAACGAGAGAUGAAGAUAUCGCCUAUAGCCUGCUCGGAAUCUUUGACGUCAAUAUGCCCCUCUUGUACGGUGAAGGCGGCUCCAAGGCUUUCCAGAGACUUCAAGAGGAAAUUAUCAAGCGGAACUUAGACCAGACAUUCCUCGCCUGGACUUUGCCAUCGGGUGAUACAGGAGAACCCACGGAUCUGCUUGCGUCUAGCCCAGAAUGCUUCGCCAGAUCGAAUUGCAUCUCUACAAUCAAUGAAGACCUUGCGCCAUUUUCUCUCAACAAUCAGGGGCUCCAAAUACGACUGCCUAUCUUCAGAGCUAGAGGCAAGAGAAACUCAUAUGUUGCUGUCCUUUCAUGCGUAAAGGAUCACCCAACGAGCCGCAUUGGAGUACGACUGAGAGCUAUAGAUCGGAAUGCGAAGGUCCUGGUCCGGCAAGGCGUCAGCAGACUUCGACUGGUAACAGAGGCGGAAUAUGAUUCUGCCACCAUUAGGGACUGCUCUCUGUUGAGAUCAGUUUUAGCAGGGAACCGUCGCUUUAUGAUAGUUCGCUUCCCCGGAUACGCAGGCUUUCGACAUCUGCAAUGGCGACAAAUGGUUUACCUUGAUCCGUCUGACCACUGGCAUUAUAUGGCCACGGAGAUGGAGAGAUUCGAGCUAACUCCCUUCCGAGCCGGUGACACCCUAUCGUAUGGUAUCAUCUUCACAGAACCGUCCGAAGAACAAUACUCCAAUACGACACAUACCCCAGCUGAGCCCGAACCGCAGAGACGCAGGUCAUUUCAGAAAGUGUCCAAAAUCCUUGUACGGGUCGACAUUGAUGUCGGUUCUCCGUAUGCGGCCACAGUCAGUAUACAACGGUUUAGGGAUACAACCAGAAACCGGCUUAGCGUGAAUGCCAUACCAACCACUCACAUGGACGUAUCUGCCGGUAGGGAUGCUACAAUCCAGAUAGGCCCUCAGAGAACUCGGUGGGGCCCCGCCGAGAGUCGCUCACGGAGUAGACCUUUUCAGUAUGUGUUACGUCUCCUCCCCCAUUGGUACCUCGAUAUCCUUGCUCUACUACUACCACUGCAUAAAAGACCAAAAACACUGAGGACAAAGCUAUCGUGGGAGCGACAUGCCGGACAAGAUAACCUCGUUGUCGACAUUGGAGUCAUUCAACCGAGCGUCUGGCGUUGGGUCAUGGAUAUAUCGUUCCCCCACGCCUUCAUUAUCUACUUUCUCCCAUUAUAUUGCGCAACGCGUGUUACGAUCGUUCUUUUUCCUCCUACAGCGGAUGCAUCGAUGCCAAAGUCAAGCUUUUUGACUCUCUAUAUUGGUCUCGUGUUAUCAAUCGUGACCCUUUGCCUGGGACUCAAUAUGGGAUCCAGCGGCGUCCUGCUGUUUCUUCUCGGCGCAGCAACCUUGAAUCUGGUUCCGACAAAGCUGGACCGACCCGCAUUGUUUUUGGGUGUUAAUUUGAUCGCAUCUCUGUUAAAGCCAGAGAAGCGCGAAACUCUACUAGACUUACUACAAGUAGGGGUCACCAUUCUUUUUAUCGUUAUAGGGAGUGGCUCCCUCGUCUUAUGGAUGUCCAGCGUAUUUACUUCAUGUUACCGCAAGGCGCAACAACAUGCACCCCCUUCCACAAUCAUGACCUCUCCUCCGCUCACAUCCGCACAAACGCACGCUCUCUUUGACAUCCUAAUCCACCACCAGCUGUACGCCGAAAUCGAAGCCUUCAAAUACCCUCAAGCCAUCUCCACAUAUGGAUACCCGUUCCGUAAGAAUGAUGGCGUCCAGACAACUUCGCCGCUGCUUCAGAAUAUGUUGAACAAGUUCGUGUUGCGGUUACCUGGCUUGAGAAAUGUGGGAGUCGAUUUCUGGCAGGAUAAGGUCAAGGUGUUGGUGGAGAAGUUGGGCGAUGCGGAGUUGAGUGAGAGUUAUGAUAAAGGAGCUAUCGGGGCGAGGAAGGCUAUGGCGACUGCGAUCAGCAGUAUGCUUGACCUCGCAUCUCUCUUACACCAUGUUUUUAUAAUGUCCCCGGACGGCCAGUAUAUCCUCCGGCUAAUCGAGAACGUCCAUCGACUUGUGCCAUAUUACCUUGUCAAGCAGACUUUACGAGUGGGCAAUGCAGCAACAAUGAUCAACGGCAUGGUCAAGCUGGUCUUGACCAAGGUUUCUUUCACUGCUGUUACGAACUGGAUGGGUAUUACCAACAAUGCAAACGACGGAAUGAAUCUGAUGCAGCAGAUUAUCUCUACGGUCAUGGCUUGGGACACAGCAGAGUUCCAGCGACGGGCCCAGAAACUAGAAUCCCAGCGCGACGCACCAGAGAAGAAGGUCUUCAAAGCAAUACGGAACUACGUAUAUGCGUCUCGCGACACCCACGAGGCAGGGAGGAACAUCUCGAUACGGGAAUCAAAAUCCAUCAUCUGUGUGAUUCUGGAAACGUCCGAUCCGCACAUCGACCCUGAUACCUUGACCGCACAUCAUCACGACCUUGCUAUGGAGCACUACAGCACAAUGCUCUCAAUACGCGAUAGAGAAGAACUCACCAAGAUCCUUUGCAAAAUGCAGCCGGACCUCCUGACAUCCGCUAUACGGGACCUAGUAUCAGCGUUCGAACCCAUUAUCAGGGCAGUUCACAACGCCGUUGAUCUCUCUGGCACUGUGACGGAUGCCGAAAACUUCAUCGAUGACCUGAUCAAAGUCUCCAAACCGAAGAAACUCAACAGUGCCAACGGUCCCGGUAGUAAAACAUCAAGCGCAAAUAACAGCCGCUCCAGCUCACCUGGUCCUGUCCCUCUUGAUGGUUCCGCAAGCGCGGCGGACUCUUCUCACCUGAGCCCCUCUAGCAUGCCAACAGUGGAAGACUACGUUCAACUCCUCCGCAAACACGUUCCCUCUGCCCACAAAUUCUUCCAUCAGGUCGCGAAGAACGCACCCGAUCUUGCAAAUCAAUACCUCGAGUAUGCGAAAUCCUGUGUCGGCGAGUUCCGCACGCACGGCUCCGGAAACGAGGGCCAUGCCUCUGGAGGCGCUGGUGACAUGACGGGCCCAUUGCACUCGCUGUUUUCAUCAUUGCCGACAGAAAAGCAGGAACAGCUAAAGCCGCUACUAGACAAACAUGCGAAGCACCUCGAACAGCUUACCAGAACGUCCCGCUCUCGGCUUAAGACACUCGUCCGUACGACAACUCAGCCUACUUCUUCCCAACCAAACGAGCAGUCGCACCGCAAGCAUUACGGUACAACUCACGGCCCGGGUAUAUAUCUCUCCCGCUGGCACGCCCUUCUCGACAGCACACUCAUCUCCCCUGGGAGCAUGCGUGGACCUGUCCGUCACGGUUAUGAGGUCAAUGGCGAGCUUGACGGAAAGGGGUUGAAGGUGGAUACUCUGCUACCAUCUAGACAUAAGAAGAGGGCGCCUAGUCGCCAGAGGAGGAAUAGUCUUGAUGGAGCUGGUGAUGAGGCAGAGAGAAUGGAAAGGAGGAGGGAUGGCAGGGAGGGUGAAAAGAUGGAAGAGGUGUGGUACGGGAUGAGGGAUGGGUGGAUAGGGGUUUGCAAGGGAUUGGAGGUCAUGGGUCCGGAUGAAUAUUGUUCCAAAGAGAAAAGGCGGUUUGACGACAGCGAUUCAAUCAACUGA